AUGGACCUGAGCUUCUCAGACCUCGAUGUUGAAGAAGCGGAGCCUGCAGCAUUGCCAAGUGCUGCCGACGGGGAUGAACCGGGCGACAAACGACACUCAUUAGAGGAAUUCAUUGGCAGCAAAUCUUCCAUAAUGAAAGGCGUUGGAUCGGUAGCUGGACAGACAAUGGACCCCUCUAUAGUCACUGGUGCUGCUGUAUUGGGAUCUACGAGAAGCGAGAGAAAAACGGCCCCGGACGGAGUAGCGUCCGUAGCAAUGAAAACAGCAAGGGCGAAGAUGAUCCGAAGGCUUCAUACCGGAGCAGCAAAAGAAAACCCAGAUGCUGCUGUCCUCGAUGCAGCCCAAACUCACAACGCAAAGCGUGACGAAGACGAAGCAAGGAGAAAAACCUCGGGGGUCCAGGCGACGAGCGAGUAUAACGUCAAUCAGUCGGCCCCCAAGGAUGGAAGCGGAAACAGCCGAGGGCGUGAUAGCGCCGACCAGAGGUCCGGUACUCGUUCAAAGUCCCUCACGAAAUUCUUUGAGGGUGAAAAGGCAUCCCAAACAGAGACGGGACAGACUUCGACAACCAGAAGCCGCGGCAGCCGUGAAAGUAUGACCAAGAGCCGAACCAGCGAGACGACUGCAGAAGCAGAACGUGACCGAAAUCGAGGCCGAGACAGAGAUAAAACACGCGAUCGCAGGCGCUCCAGGUCUAGGUCGUUAACUGAUAUGGACUCAAUGAGACAAAAGGAUGCCGCAAAGGGCGCUGCAAAGCGAGCUUCCAUGGCGUCUGAAACACAGAGACCAAGGGCACCCGACAAGGAAAACCGCCGUCGUUCCACAACGUCAGAGGCGGAAAGGAUGAAGAGGGGGAACAAGAGUUCGGUAUCAGCUUCCAGUGAAGCGUCGGCUUCUCGAGUGCGAGGACGCGAAAACGGAGAUCGCAAACCAGAAUUGCGACGACGACGGUCUAGUUCCUUGUCGGAUAUGGAAGGCAUGGACAAGGAACGUCACGGAAGACGCGAGAGUACAACAAACAAGGAAGGUACGGGAAGAUCAGGCCGACGCAACCGACGCGGCGAUUCAAUGGGCCAGAGUGAGCAUGUUCAACCACGUCGGCGUCGACCCGAACGACAAAGAUCAAGGUCGCUGACAAACAUGGAUCAAAGGGAUCGCCGGGGCAAGAAGCGAGAGGUGGCGAGUGGAGUGGAUGGCAACCCCCAGCAAGAGGGUGUUACGACACCUCGCCCCAAUAUGCUUUCCUACGAUUGGCAACAGCACAGCGCAUCUACAACGUCCAUGAUGUCGAAUUCUUCUAAACCGCAGCGUGACAGAAGGGCUACCCUCGCACGAACACGAUCUCAGUCACUAUCUAGUCUUUUCGGCGACAAGAGCCGAGGCCACACGUCGGAUGCAUCUAUCGAGGGGUCAACGCACAAAGGAGGGAAUCUACGCGGAGAAGGACCACGGAGCCCUAGGAAGCGUCAAGAUGCCGGUUAUGAUUGGAAUGCACACGUCAGCCCGACCUCCAACAAAGGCGACGAUGGUGGAGUGGACAAACGUUCACUGUUGUCACGAUCCAAGAGCCGAUCGCUGACAGAUUUGGGCCGGUCCAUCGCGGACCUGGACGGUCUCAUCACGACCAGCAUCGAGGAGAGUCCAUUUGAGAAUUCUGAUCGAUCUAAGAUUUCUGCUGAUGCAUCCAGCAAUAGCUUGGCCAUUUCAAGAAGCUCGCUGAACGCGUCUGGUAUUGAUUUGCAAAAGAGCAUUACUGCAACUCAGGCGGCUACUAGUCUACAAACCGCAACACCCCUGAGCAUGAUCAUCUGGACGCUCUGGGAGAAGGUUCGGACAGACAACAGGCGAUUCGACAACCGAGUCAUCAAAGUGAGACAGCGCCAAGCUGGCUACUAG